GUGCGCCUAAUACAAAAGGAGGUUUUAGACAAAGCGAGAGAAAAAAAAAACCAACCCUCGAGUCGCAUGAACAGAUGGAUCAAGAAGAUAACGAACCCACGAGCAGGGAAGAGCAAGAAGAAGCAUUAGUCGCUUUGAUCGAACACCGAACUCACGAAGUCAGUUCUCUCCGAAAGCGUCUCGCUUAUUACAAAACUCAGCUUGAUGAAGCGGAAAACAGGUUGAAGGAUUCAGAAUCGAAAUUGGCUCGGUUACGAGGUCAAAGUAAUUCAGUUAAAUCCGCAACUAGAAAUGUAAUUAACUUAGAUAAUGAUGGUGGAGUUGUUGCUGUGAAGAAAGAGCGUAGAUCAAAUAGUCCUGUUGAUAGGAAUGAACGGUCUUACAAAAGCAAUAAUAAUAACCAUCAAUCUAAAACUGAACUUGUUAUUCCUACCGUUACUCCGAAGAUUUCGCGGCCUUCGAAAGUUUCCAGUUCUGAAUCUACUCCUUCGAUUACGGGAGGAAAAUCUGAAAAGUCUCGUAAAGAGCAGCAGGCUGUUGAAGUCAAGGAAAAAGUAACUAAAAGGAAACUUGAAGUGAAAGAACACAAGGAAUUGAUUCCUUUGAUACGUAAGAGUUCUUCAGUGAAAUUAAUACACUGUGAAACAAGCAACCAUAUCCCAAGUCAGCACAAGAGGAAAUUGCGGAGUAUUGCUUUGUGUCCUGUGAAUGAUCAGCUUUUUGCGACCAGUGCCUUGGAUGGAGUGGUCAACUUCUGGCAAGUACAAGCUAGAGGAUCAGGAGCCUCUCUGUUUAACUCUUCUGAUUGUGCAUCCGAAAAACAGAGGAGAUGGCCAGAAGAUAUAGCUUGGCACCCUGAAGGAAACAGGCUCUUUUCAGUUUAUACUGCUGAUGUUGGAGACUCACAAAUAUCAGUUACAAAUCUGAAUAAAGUACAAGGGCAACAACGUGUGAAAUUCUUAGAGGGCAAGCCCCAUUUGAAGGGAAUUAUCAAUGGCAUUGUUUUUAUGCCCUGGGAAGAUACAUGCUUUGUAACUGGUGGAAGUGACCAUGCUGUUGUACUUUGGCGUGAGCAGGAUGAUGAGGACAAAUGGAAACCAAGACCAUUGCACAGGAAUCUUCAUUCUUCUGCUGUUAUGGGUGUUGCGGGUAUGCAGCAGAAGCAGAUUGUGUUAUCUGCAGGUGCAGACAAGAGAAUAUUUGGGUUUGAUGUUAGUGUAGGAAGAGCGGAUUUCAGUCAUCAGAUUGAUAGUAAAUGCAUGAGUGUCGUUCCCAAUCCAUGUGACUUCAACUUGUUUAUGGUUCAAACAGGGACUCACGAGAAGCAGCUUCGACUAUUUGAUAUUAGAUUGAGGCGGACAGAACUUCACGCAUUUGGGUGGAAGCAAGAAAGCAGUGAAUCCCAGUCAGCUCUGAUAAAUCAAGCCUGGUCUCCUGAUGGUCUUUAUAUAACAUCUGGUUCAGCAGAUCCUGUAAUUCAUAUAUUUGAUAUAAGAUAUAAUACUAACAAGCCUUCCCAAUCUAUAAGAGCUCACCAGAAACGAGUCUUUGGGGCCAUGUGGCUUCAGUCUAUUCCUCUUCUCAUAUCCAUAUCAUCUGAUCUCAACAUUGGGCUGCACAAGAUUUACUAGAGCCUAUUUUGCCAUAGACUGUUAGACAACCUCUACUGAAGUAAAGUGUUCUAUUUCCAUCUUUUUGUUGGUGAUUCUUUUGGUUACUUGAAAUUAUUUUAGGAAGGAAUGUUAGUUUUAUAGACCCUUGAAAUUUUGUGGGUUGUAAGUCGCCAUCAAUUCAAGGGAAUAAUUUACUUGGAAAGAAAAAUUAGGAAAAUUUUGGUUGCAGAAGGGCUGCUCAUAUUUUGGCAGAAUGUAUGUUACUACUUUUAUCUCUGUAUCAUGUGCUGUUGUUGGGUGAUACAUUACUUCUCUAGAAAACAUUAAUAACAUUUUAGAGCUUUUUAUGGUGUUAAGUAUGAACACUUGGUUUUCUUAAAAAAACAAUUAAUAAGAGAAAAUAACUCUUGGUUUGAAUA